AUGCCAGGAAUCUGUUACAAUUUUGUUGUACUGCUGAUAGCCAUCUUCCUGCUAACAGCACGCACCGCUUCUCUUCAGAACCGGAUAGUGGUUGAAGAUAUCAAUUACAAUGACUACCAGAACUACCAAAACUACCAAAACUAUCAGACGCUAGGGAGAUUGGAUAAACCGAUCGUCGUAAAACCCUUCGAGAAACCAAAAAAUCAGCAAGACUUUAGCAAAAUCCCUGGUGUUCCGGGAGUGGACUAUCCUCUGUAUCACACUGUACCACAGACAAGUUUUUCAUGUGCACACGUUCCAAUCGCGCCUGGAAUGUACGCGAAUGUAGAAACCGGUUGCCAGGCGUAUCACAUAUGCCACGACGGCCGAGAAGGCCAUCAAGGUGCAUCUUUCCUGUGCACUAACGGAACCCUUUUCAGUCAACGGGAUUUCGCCUGCGAUUGGUGGUACAAUGUCAACUGCGCCGAAGCGCAAUCUUUAUACAGAUUAAAUUUAGAUCCGGAGAAGAAUCCCUACUUGCCAAAGGAUGCAAAAAAUAUUAUACCGAAUCAUAUGAGGAUCGUUGUGGUUUAAA